AUGUUCUCCCGUGCUGUUCGUCCGGCUGUGAGGGCUGGUAGCGUUGCGGUCUCCCGCACUGCCCCUCCCAAUGCCGCCAACUUCGCGACUCUGCGUGAAAUCGAGGGCCGUCUGAAGUCCAUCAAGAACAUCGAGAAGAUCACCAACACCAUGAAGGUCAUCGCCUCCACCCGCCUUACCCGCGCCCAGAAGGCCAUGGAGGACUCUCGCGCCUACGGUCAGACCUCCAACACCGUUUUCGAGAAUGCCGAGACCAAGGCCGUCGCCGACAAGAAGACUCUGCUCGUUGUCGCCAGUUCCGACAAGGGUCUUUGCGGUGGUAUCCACUCGGGUCUUAGCAAGGCCACUCGCCGUAUCGUCCAGGAGUACCCCGAUGCCGACAUCGUUGUUCUGGGUGAGAAGGCCAAGGCUCAGCUGUCUCGUACCAACGCCAACGCCAUCGUCCUGAGCUUCGCCAACGUCUGCAAGGACAUUCCCACCUUCAACGAUGCCCAGGCCAUCGCCGACCAGAUCGCCCUGCUGCCCACCGACUACGCCAGCGUUAAGAUCAUCUACAACAAGUUCCUUAACGCCCAGUCCUAUGAGGCCGGCACCGUUGAGGCUUACUCCGAGGAGGCCAUCACCCAGUCCCCCAACCUCUCCACCUUCGAGACCGAUGACGGAACUCUGGCCCACCUCCGCGAAUACGCCCUUGCCAACAACCUGUACUGGGCUCUGGCUGAGGGACACGCUUGCGAAAUCUCGAACGCCUCCAAGAACGCUGGUGAGAUGAUCAACAAGUUCCAGAUCUUGUACAACCGUCAGCGUCAAGCCGCCAUUACCGGUGAACUGGUUGAAAUUAUCACUGGUGCCACCGCCAGUGCGGACAUGUAA